GUUUACAGUUUGUUUACAGUUUAUGUUCACAGAUUUUCAGUACAUGUUUACUGUCUGUAUUCAGUUUGUUUGGUUGAUAUUAAUGUUUACUGUUUGUUUACAGUUGAUAAUGUUUUCUGUAUAUGUUUACUGUUUUUAUGUUUGUUUCAGGUCUCAGAGUGUUUCUCCGUCAUGGACAGCUCGAGCCCUGAGUUUGACGUGUACGGGGCGAUGGAGUGGAAGGACGGCGUGGGGUCGCUCCCCGGCAGCCAGCUAAAGUUUCGUGUGAAUGAAUUUGGGGUGCUGGAGGUCAUAACCGACGCAGGAGAUGAGGAAGGGGUCAAGAAAGCUCAUGCUACCACCACAUGGAGUGUCCCUACAGCACAGGAGGCCCUGUCGGUUGAAGUGAACUGCAGCCGUGCGAACGUCUGCAGGAACAGAAAGGACUCUGCUCCCCACUUCCUGCCUGAGGGACACCACAGCACUAACGGCUGCCUCCAUCUACAGCAGCAGGAAAAGAGUAAAUCUGUCAAAGAAGAUUCCAGAACAAACGGUGAGGUCACACGGGUCAGCAGGAAGAGACCACACCCAGCCAAGAGGGUGGAGGAAGAGGAGGAUGAAGUUACGCAAGUGGUGGAGGAGGACAAUGAAGAGAAGGAGUGCCAGCGACUGGUUCGAGGAGGUCCACGGGGUCGCAAGAAGCGCAGGGGAGGCAGAGGUCUGCUCAGACAGCUGGUUUCGUACAGAGGGAGGAAGAAAUCGUGGUGCUGGGCUUCGUAUCUGGUGCAGGAGAAAGCCAUCGCUGCUCCCAGCAAACUAUUUAAAGAGCACCAGUCCUUCCCUCAGUGUAAGAGCGGGUUCAGAGUGGGUAUGAGGCUGGAGGGCGUCGACCCCCUACACCCUUCCAUGUACUGCGUCCUGUCUGUUGCCGAGGUAUCCGGAUACAGAAUGCGACUGCACUUUGAUCUUUACUCAGACUGCUAUGAUUUCUGGGUAAACGGCAACUCUCCUGAGAUUCACCCCGUGGGCUGGUGUGAGAAAACGGGACACAAACUGCAGCCACCUAAAGGGAUGAAGAGUGAGGCGUUCAGCUGGUGUUCGUACCUCAAGACGAAUAAACUGCAGGCCGCGCCCAGAUCUCUGUUCCACAACCACAACACUACAGUCACACCUUUAGGCUUCAGGGUGGGGAUGAAGCUAGAGGCGGUGGAUAAGAAGAACCCGUCGCUCGUCUGCGUCUCCACCAUUAGGGACCUGGUGGACAGCCGUCUGCUCGUGCACUUGGACAGCUGGGACGAGAGCCACGACUACUGGUGUGAUGUGACAAGUCCGUAUAUCCAUCCAGUUGGCUGGGGUCAGGAGAACGGCAGAACCCUAACCACGCCUCCAGGUUACGCCGAUGCUGAGAACUUCUCCUGGGAGAGGUAUCUAGAGGAGACAAGCUCAUUACCCGCACCUGCCAGGUCCUUCAAAGCGAAGCCUCACCACAGUUUCCAGGUGAACAUGAAGCUGGAGGCGGUGGACGUCAGGAACCCUGUGAUGGUGCGAGUGGCUACGGUGGUGGACCGUGACGAGCACAGAGUGAAGCUCCAUUUCGAUGGCUGGACAGAUGAGUACGAUUACUGGCUGGACGCAGACAGCCCAGACAUCCAUCCUGCAGGGUGGUGCGCCAAAACUGGACACGCCCUACAGCCGCCAAUCAGUUUGGAUGAUAUGAGUGAAUCAGAGCAAGGCGGCUGUCCUACACCUGGCUGCAGAGGAGUCGGACACAUCAAAGGGGCUCGCUACUCUGGACACCACAGUGCUAUGGGCUGUCCCUACUCCGAGAUCAAUAUGAAGAAGGACUCGGUUUUGCCGGACCGACUGAGUGGGGAGAUGCCAGGUUCUGGAGUGGGCCGACUGCAGCGGGCAGAACUGAACCCUCAUACACCUGCACGCAGUCCUGAGGUCGGGCGGCCGUGUAAGGUGAAAAAAGAGGAGGAGCCAGAACAGGAAGCGGAGAGCGAGGAGUCGUCUGUCGCAGAAUCGAAAGAGCUGACUCUACAGCAAGCCCUGCAUCAGUCUGUAUUUAUGCCAUGCUCCGUACCUUCUCCCAGCAUGCCUCACUGCUGGGACCAACACAGUAAACUCCUUCCAUCAGUGGCAGGCAUCACGGCCAGCAAAGUGGCCACCUGGAGCGUGGAGCAGGUGACCGAGUUCAUCCAGGGCCUCCCAGGAUGUAAGGAGCAAGUACACACUUUCAGGAAGGAGCAAAUUGACGGUGAGGCAUUCCUGCUGCUCACCCAGACCGACCUGGUGAAGAUCCUCAGCAUGAAGCUCGGCCCAGCUCUCAAGAUCUUCAACUCCAUCCUGAUGUUCAAGACUGCUGAGAAAUCUGCCUGCAAUGAACUCUGACCUCGACUGACCUCAGGAGAGUAAACGCCGGUUUGUGAAUUUUGCACAGAAUUCCGCGUCAGAAAGCGUGAUGGAACAAUAUGAUUGCAAGUUGAGAAUAUCACUUUUGUGAGUGAUAAUUUGAAAAGCAAUACCAGAAGCACAAAUCUAAUGAUGAUGAUGAUGAUCAUUUUGAUGAAGCACUACAAAGCACACCAGCCUUUUCCCGCUGAUGUGGAUGUUAUGUAAUGUAAUGCAAGCCACAUGCACUGAAAAACCAUACAGAAUCAUUGCUUUUUUGUUGUUGUUGUUGUUGUUGUUCAAGUAGACAUACUUAGCCCUCGCAAACUGAAUAGAUUAUUCCCAGAUUUCUUUCAGGCACAUUUCUGGAACUGCACACUUUCUUCAAGAUGGGGUACAAAUCUUCAGAUGUAAACGAUCAUACUUUAUCGUUAUUUAGAACACAGCUCUCUCCAGCCAACAGAACAUUAUUAAAGUGUUCUCUGAGUUCAGGCUGUAAUGUUUCAAAAAAUAAAACAUUCUUAAAAAUGUUGAAACAACAGUUUAACAUUCAAAUAAUAAUGAGUAGGGUGGCACAGUGGUUAGCGCUGUCUCAUCAUAGCAAGAAGGUCCUGGGUUCGAGCCCAGUGGCCGGCGAGGGCCUUUCUUUGUGGAGUUUGCAUGUUCUCCCCAUGUCUGUGUGGGUUUCCUGCUGGUGCUCCGGUUUCCCCCACAGUCCAAAGGUUAGGUUAAUUGAUGGCUUUAAAUUGACUGUAGGUGUGAAUGGAUGUCUGUGUCUAUGUGUCAGCCCUGCGAUGACCUGGCGACUUGUCAAGGGUGAACCCCGUCUCUCGCCCAUAGUCAGCUGGGAUAGGCUCCAGCUUGCCUGUGACCCUGCACAGGACAAGCGGCUACAGAUGAUGGAUGGACAGAUAAUAAUGGGUAGUAAUGUUAGCAUUCAACAGCGGAACAUAUCGCAGAAUUAAGUGUCGAAAAGCGUAGGGAAGUCUAUAAGUGUUAAACAUUUACUAAACAGCAAGAAGAAAAUCUGAAUGAAUGUUCUUUGAAGGUUUUUUUUAGAACCUUAACAUUCAGAAAACUCACUAGCUGAAACAGGAAGGGGUACUACUUCAAAAAUCAUGUGCUUCUUUAGUUUUGCACUAACAAGCUAAUGAUAGUGACGCACACAGAGUGCAGUUUAGCAUCGUCCAUUAGGCUCAGUAGGAUGGUACAAUUUAUAUGAAUUCAAAUAAAAUGUGAAGUUUAUCAUUUUGAAUACUUUUUUUUUUUUUAAUGCCUUCAAACUUGGCCACACCUCCUAGCAAACUGUGAGUUAAGGAAGAACAUGACGGCGCUACGACUCUUUUUAGGUCUGUGUCGUGAUGAAGUGGAGUUUAUUAUUUUCCUGUAAUUGCACGUUUCAUUCUUCAUUCCUUACAGUGAUGAUCACCAUGCUUAUGAUUUCUUUUUAUUUAUUCAAGACUGACGCUUUGUAUUUUUUAUCCAUUUAUUGUUCCAUGAAACCUGUUCUCAUUUUGCAGCUGUAAACAGUCAUUCUCUUACCAGACUCACUUUCUCUCUGUGUGUGUGUCUCUCUCUCUCUCUGUCUCGAAGUAAAUAAGA